AUGCAGUAUCUGAAAUAUAAUGUUUUUCCAUGCUCCCAAAUCCCAAUUCCUAGAUUCUUCAUCGUCAACGCUCGUCACACUAACUUCCCCAACCUUUUAUCCGUUUCGGUCAUCGCUCCUCCUUUCCCGUUUCGAAACGCCUCAACUUGUAUCCGAAAACGAAACCCGCUGAUAGCGAUGGCGCCUCGUAAUUCGAUGGUGGUGGAGUACGCUAAGUCGAACCGGUCUACGUGCAAGGCGUGCUCCAAAGCGAUCGAGUCUCAGGCUCUCAGGUUGGGGUUGGUCACCAAGGGAAAUGGAGGCUUCGACGUCAUCAAAUGGCACCACCUUGGUUGCUUCCCUUUACCUUCUGCCUCGCACUCCAAUGCUGACGCCAUUAACGGCUUUUCCUCCUUGAAGAGUAGUGACCAGGAAGCUUUGAAGAAUUUAUUGUCUGGACAUGACAAGUCUGAAGAGAAGGUUCGUAAAGCAACGGAAGACAUACAGAAUGAACUGGUAGAGACUGACGAAAAUGAUCCAAAGAGAAAAAAGUUAUGCACAUCCGAUGUUGAAGCUUUGGUGGACAUCAACUUUUCAGUUUCUGACGUCAAGAGCAAGUACAAGGAUGCUACCCUUUUACCAAAAUGGAAGGCAUUCCAAACAGUCAUAUUUCUUGAACGGGAUGAUGGGCUGCAUGAUUCAAGUAAAAUUGCUGCUUUUGAUUUUGAUGGAUGUCUUGCAAAAACUGCUGUGAAUAGAGUGGGUGCUGGUGCUUGGUCUCUCAUGUAUUCUUCAAUUCCUGAUAAACUACAAAGCUUAUACAACGAUGGCUACAAGCUGGUAAUUUUCACCAAUGAAUCCAAUAUUGAACGCUGGAAGAACAAGAGACAAGUAGCUGUGGACUCGAAAAUUGGACGGCUAAAUAACUUCAUUGAGAAAGUGAAGGUCCCAGUUCAGGUUUUUAUAGCUUGUGGGCUAGGUAAACCAGUUAAAGCUGGCGGAAAAGAAAAUGAUCUUUUUCGCAAACCCAAGCCUGGGAUGUGGCAUCUAAUGGAGCAACACCUCAAUUCCGGCAUUGCCAUUGAUAUGGAUCAGUCAUUUUAUGUUGGUGAUGCAGCCGGGAGAGAGUCAGAUCAUAGUGAUGCUGAUAUUAAAUUUGCAGAGGCCAUUGGUUUAAAAUUUUAUGUCCCUGAAGAGUACUUCGAUGCAGGAGCAUCUAAUUUGGCCAUUAGUUCAUAGAAGGGGUAACCGGGUAAUGUCCAUUUUUGUUUGGAUGUGACCUUACCAACUGGGACGGUAUAAAAUUGACUAUAGGUUUGCUUGGCCUUAAUCAGUUGUAUGCAUGUAAAUGGAUUAAUCACUGUAAUGUAGUCGACUAAUUUGUGGGCAAUCCUAAAUUUAUUUCUGGUUGCUUCAAU